UGUCAUCGACAAGAUCUGGAUCUUUCAGACCAGUCGUGCUUAAAACCUCGCGUGAUAGUCAUCAUGUUUAAGCUCACAGCGUUGUUCUUAUGCAUAUACGGAGUUGCAGCACUUCCCACGGUUUUGUAUUCAAAACCUACUGUGCAAAUAAACGACGAAGAACAACUAUCGUUGCCUGGAGUUGAAAAUCUUGCUGAAAAGUCUAUUCCAUCAUCAAAACUAGAAUUAUCAACUGAUACACAUUUACCGGGAACAAGUAAUUAUGCGGAGAGAAUUCAAGUACCAUUGCAACGACUUCCAGGAACUGGAAAUCUUGCUGAGAAAGUCAUUCCUCCUGAUGGAUUGAAAAAAUUGUCUCAACCAUUUGUUGAAUACGCUUAGAUGUGAUCUCCGGGGUUUAUUAUUUCAACGCGAAUUUAUGAAAUGUUAAGCUAGAGAUGUAUUUAUGAAGCUAAGAUUUAUGCGUUAUUUCAGAUUUUAAGUAAUAAUAUUUUUAAAAUAAAUUUUGCAAUAAGUGUUUACAGUAUGACAGAAAGUUAAAUCUAAAAAAAAUAACCCAAUUUAUUGUG